GCGCAGUCACGGCAUAACAGGAAGUCAGCUAACGCAACGUUACUUGCCAGCGACCUAAACUUCAAGGCAAACUAACAUUUUUGUUCAGACAUUUAAAGAUGUCAUCAGGUGCUCUCUUUCCAAGCUUGGUGAGCGGUUCCAGGGGAAGCUCCAGCAAGUACCUGGUAGAGUUUCGUGCUGGUAAAAUGAGCCUGAAGGGGAACGUAGUGACACCGGAUAAACGUAAGGGUAUGGUGUACAUCCAGCAGUCCGAUGACUCGUUGAUUCACUUCUGCUGGAAGGACAGGACAUCUGGGAAUGUGGAUGAUGACCUGAUCAUCUUCCCUGAUGACUGUGAAUUCAAAAGGGUGAACCAGUGCACCACUGGACGUGUUUAUGUGCUGAAGUUCAAGGCUGGAUCCAAGCGGCUGUUCUUUUGGAUGCAGGAGCCAAAGACAGACAAGGAUGAGGAGUACUGUCGUAAGGUGAAUGAGUACCUGAACAACCCUCCCAUUCCUGGAGCACCAGGCAGUGGAGGCAGUGGAGGCCACGAACUCUCUGCACUCGGAGGAGAGGGAGGCCUGCAAAAUCUGUUGGGAAAUAUGAGCCACAAUCAGCUGAUGCAGUUGAUUGGACCAGCAGGCCUAGGUGGACUGGGAGGCCUGGGAGCUCUAGCAGGACCAGGACUUGCUAACUUGCUGGGUACCGGAGGACCAGCCACCAGUAGCUCGUCAUCCAGCUCUCGUAGCCAGUCAACAGCAGCUAAUCCUUCAUCAGGUGGAGCCCUCAGACUGAGCUCUACUCCGGCCACCACCUCUCCUCUGACCCCUGCUGUUACAACUGUGUCACCUACUGGAGCUGCUCCUUCCACACCAGCCCCAGCCCAAACUCCGCUGGCUCCAGCCUCUGUUGGAAGUCCAGCCCCUCACCAGCCCAUCCAGCUCAGUGACCUUCAGAGCAUCCUCGCCACCAUGAACGUUCCAGCAACAGCAGCUGCUCAGGGACCAGCAGUGGACCUCGCGAGUAUUUGCACCCCAGAGAUGAUGGCUCCCAUCCUGACUAAUGCAGAGGUGCAGCAGAGGCUCCUGCCCUUCCUUCCCACUGGAGAGAGUUUACUGCAGAGUGCUGAGGAGAUCCAGAGCACACUCAACUCACCACAGUUUCAGCAGUCAAUGAGUAUGUUCAGCAGUGCCUUGGCCUCCGGGCAGCUUGGUCCUCUCAUGAGUCAGUUUGGUCUACCGGCAGAGGCUGUGGAUGCCGCUAACCGAGGAGAUGUGGAAGCGUUUGCCAGGGCCAUGCAGGGCAGUAAGGGAGACUCCAAAGAGAAGAAAGACGAUGACGAGGACAUGAGUCUGGAUUAGAGUUCUUAGCCUGCUAAACCAUAGCUGAGUCUCAGUAAAUGUGUGAUGCCCUUUCUCUUCUUCACCUCCCUCUCUUCAGUCUUGUCUUACACUUUGCUAUACCAAAGGCAGCACUCUGCUCACACUCAGGAUGCAGACAGAGCCGCUGUGCCACAGUGUAAACCGACCUAUGUUUAUCCACAGCUGUUUUGUUCUAUUCACACUUGAGUUUAACUUGGAAAGGUGAGUGGCAGUGUUACACAAACUGGUGUUGGGAUUGAGCUUUGAGUUUGAUUUAGUUUUUUUUUAUGUAUUUCUCUUGUUGCAGUCUAAACCUGAGUGCUGAUUCAGGCUUGUGUGAUCAACUCUUCAUAAUAAAUCCUAUUGGCAAAGCAAA